CGAACCAGAACCAACAUAUUAUCUCCCGUGGCAAAGCAAAAAUGUAAAACACACAUCUGUAUCAUUUGGAUAAACUGAAACCUGUGUUUGUCUUGUAGGAAGGAAACACAAAAUAAUCACAAAGAAACAUGGACGUAACAGAAAACAGAAAGAGGUAGUUUUGUAAGGGAUUGUGGUUAAUUAGUAACAGGCUACAACGGUCUCCCCCGCCCUGCAAGGCCUGCUGGGAGAGUCUCUUGGCAGGCAGAGUGUUGUGUAUGCAGGAAGAUAUCGCUGAAGUCAACAACAGGAAGCAGAGAUAGAGCAGCGUAUUCUCUGACACACUUUUUGGACCUGUGGCUGUUGGAAGUUCCUCUUCUGUCCGUAAGCGAAGGUCCCUCUCAUGGGCAAAGUGAAGAGCAAGUCUGGGCCCUUGGCUCGGAGGCCGGACAACUCGGCUUUCAAGCAGCAGAGGCUACCUGCCUGGUCUCCUAUGCUAACAGCUAACACUGUGCUGCCCUUCUUCUACAUUAUGGCUCUGAUAUGCAUGCUGCUGGGAGUGUGGCUGCUUCUGACAGUGCAGAGCACACAGGAAAUAAAGCUGGACUACACAGAGGCCGGGACGUGUAAUAUAUGUUUUGAAAAGCGUAAAAAUGUGAGCAAUGCAGCACAGUCCUGCAGCUGCACUGUGGUGUUUAACAUCGAGAAAGCAUUCAAGGGAGACGUCUUUUUCUACUACGGCCUCCGAAACUUCCAUCAGAACCUCCGCAGAUACAUGGACUCCAGAGAUGAUGGACAGAUGGUCGGCAGGAAGAGAAACUUAAAGAACCCGAGUAAGUACUGUGAGCCAUUUACAAAGGACAAAAAUGGACUCCCCAUUGCACCCUGUGGUGCUGUGGCCAACAGCAUGUUCAAUGACUCCUUCACUUUUACGUAUGUUGGCCCCAGUGGUCCUCGAGUUCAGGUCCCUCUGUUACGGAGGGGCAUCACCUGGUACACGGACAAAAAUGUCAAGUACCGCAACCCAAAGAAUGACAACAUGACGCUGGCUCAAGUUUUUGAAGGCACAGCAAAGCCCCUGUACUGGCAGAAGCCUGUAUAUAAGCUGGAUCCCAUCGACCCGACAAACAACGGCUUUAUCAAUGACGACCUGAUCGUAUGGAUGAGAGAGGCAGCCUUCCCCAACUUCAAGAAGCUCUACGGGGUUUUAUACCGAACCAGAAAGCCGUUUACUAAAGGUCUGCCAGCUGGGAACUACAGCAUCGACAUUUCCUACAACUUCCCUGUGCAGUACUUCCGAGGCAGAAAGGAAGUGGUGCUGACCACGCUGACCUGGUUUGGAGGUCAGAACCACUUCCUGCCCGUUGCUUACCUCGUAACCAGCUGCCUGAUCCUACUGAUAGCCAUCGCCCUCACGGUGGCGUGGUGCAAGUUUGGGAAGAAUGGGAAGAACAUGGAGGAAUGAAGGGGUAAGACGUGCACCAGGAAUAUGAGGAGUGAAAAACUCGUGAAAAUUGUCAUGCUGAUUAGGAGACAAGAAAUCUGAAACGACAAGAACACUGAUGCACGCAGAUGAAGGAUAAGGAUAAUGCUUUUUAAAAGAAAGUUAAUUUGGUACAAAACCACAACAGCAUGUGCUGAAAACCAAUGACGAAGAUGAAGGUUUGACAUCUGGAAAAUUACUUUCCGUAUCGGUUAAAUGAGCCACAUGUGUUAAAGCUUUUAUUGUGAUGUUCUUAACAACCCACUGAAAGAAAGGUGUGUUAGCACCGGCUUCAAACUUUCAUUACGUGUUGAUUUUACUUGAUGAACCUUUUAAAAAUACACACCAUUCUGUCUUUGCACUGGUAAUAUUUAUCAACAAACUUAUAUUUAUUAAAAUUAUUGCAUUAAGGAUGAACUAAAUUCCAGUCUCUAUGGUGUUAAAGGAGCAGUGUAGGGGGAUCUAUUGGCAGAAGUGUUACAAAAUGUUCGUUACUGUUUCACUAGUGUGCAAUCAUCUGAAAAUAAGGAUUGUGUUAUUUGCUAGGUUACAAGUAGCCGUUUAUAUCUGCAUACAGUCCUCUUUCAGGGAGUUUGCCCAUUGACGUAUAAAGAGAACUGGAUACAGCGUUAGAGACAGGGCCCCGUUGAUCUCUAUGAAAGUUGCUCAGAGGUGCAUGAAGCCAAAAAGUUUGACUUCUGGGUACAAAAUGACCCAGAUCAUCUGCAUCGUGGGGCCCAUGGAGCAAGAGCACUAGUGUUUCCUUCAACCACACAUCCCGACCGCUCAGGCUCGCUCACACAAACAGUAAGAAAGUAACUCAACUUGUAGGACAUAAUUAUUUAAAUGAGGGCUGUUUAAUUGUUAAUACUGCAACUAUCUGCUGAUUUACAGAUGUCUUGUAAAAUUUAAGUCUGUGGAAAAAAAGUGUUUUGGGGGCAUCCUGUGUCGGACCCAGCAGUUGUAAUUUCGUGGUUUGGCCACUUCAGCCACUAACACCCGCUAAUGUCUGCCUUUUGUAGGGGAUAUUCACUAGGUUUUUAUCUGUAACCUCACCGCCAUAUCCCACUGACUCUUACGCACUGCUCCUUUAAGGCUUUAUUUCAUGUCUCAGCAGAUACAAAGUCUAAAGACUAUACUUUAUAUAAUAACUCAAAUAACAUAUAAAAAACAGAAUACCAGCUGUCAAACAAACUAAAGCUAAUUCUCAAGCUCAAGUGUAAUUUUGUGAAUCACAGCACAACGAAGGUUAGCCGAUGCUAAACUGAGCCUCGUUUUAAUGUAUUGUUCGUAGCAUAAGAGUCCACAGACGUGCCGGCGGCUCUGUGAGGCUUCACUUGGCAUGUUUACCAUCAUAGUAUGUCAGCAUAAUAACAUUUGCUGACAUCAACCAUUUGUACCGUCUCAGUUAUGUCCUAUUACAUUUUGUUGUUCUGACAACAACUGAAGAUUGUAAUAAACUGUUUCUUUUAAAAA